AAUGGCUGUGAUUGGUCACGAACCUACUUACUCCCAUCAGCCACCAUUCCGAGAGGCAACGGCAGGAUAUUGGACAAUGGCCAGUGCUUCGGCUUUUACCGAUUGAGAACAGGUGACUAAGCGUGUGAAGAAAGAAGAACACCACCUAACGAUAGUAAACACUACUUGAAGACUGUCGCCAUGUCAGUGAAUUACACAAAAAUAAUGAACAGGGAGCAAUGGAGUAAAUAUAAAGCAGACUUCAAUGCAGAUUAUUCAGAAUACAGAAGACUUCACUCUGAAGUUGAAAAAGUUUCCCAGAGAUUUGCUGAUUUAGAAAAGAGCUUAAAGCAACAAGUAAAGUUUAGCCCUGAAUGGAAGAGCAUACAAAAACAAAUUAUUCAGGAAUAUGAGGAAACAAAGCGUGAUCAGGAGUUCCAAGAUGCCAAGAAGAGGUUUCAGUAUCUGCAUGAAAAACUGUCACUCAUCAAACGCCUGGUUUCUGAAUACGAUGCAGCACAGAAUUAUACUGACCCUUACCUCACUCAGCACAUGAAAUGCUGCCUGUAACGUUCCAAGGGCGAUCAGUUGAGCAAGAAUCUCAUUGUGGUGAACUGACAUUGUGCUUAGUACUUUCUUGCAAGUUUCAUUACACAUUUCAAACUGUAGCAUAGUAAUUCCUAUCAUACUUGUCACAUAUACUAAGGGCUGUUGGUCUGGAGAGGAUAACGUGUGCAGUUAUGAUGACUGAAAGUUUUAAAAAAUAGAGGACAUUAAGUCAGUAUUGGAUAUAGCCUUCGUACUGUGUUGUAUGGUUAUUUGCUUAACUUGAAUGGUUGAAGAGUUAACUUAAGAGGAUUUUUACUUUUCCUGUCAAGGGUGUUGUUUUGAUUUUGAAAUGUGUGACGAACUGAAUUUCAGGCUUCCUUCGUAAUUGGUAAAUGUAAGAAAUUUUUGCAGACUUAAGCUCAUUGUCAAGUCAUAGAUGGCAGUCAGAAAGAUUGUUUUUGCUUGCAGCAUCACCAUGAAGAAAGUGGAAUAAUGAGCUGUGCAUUUAUUUUUGGAUAAUUGUUAAUAUUAAUUACACAAUCCUGAUACAUUCACAGUGGGACAAUAAUAUCUUGUUAAUUACUGGGAACAUAUAUGUGAGGUGGUGCUGUAUCUACAUAAAAGUGAAGAAAAAUCAAUAUCUUUCCAAUGUUAAUGUAUUUUAUUCCUGAGAUUGAUUGUCAUAAAAAGAGAAAGUAAUUGAAAGUCCCAUAUGUCUACACAACCUUUCCACUGUUCUCUCUCCUCAGAGUAUGGUAUGGGCCAUCACUGUAAAAUUAUGUUGAUUCCAGAUGUGAGAACAGGCAUCAAAAAUGUAGGUGAUAUACUGCAAUUUGAAGUACUGUAUUUUUUAACCAUUUGCACUUCUUAAUUUAUUUAAAAGUGUGCCCCAUACAGUUAGGUGUUUUUACAUUCGAUAAAAUUUAAAAUCCCAGUUAAUAGAAAUAACUAGAUCAAAAAUUAUUUGUGUUGUUAACAGCUUGUGGUGGGAGAGGUAAGAUAAUGAUAUGAAUCAUAUAAAUGCACAGAGUAUUGUCUAUUAUGAAUAUUUAAUUAAUCUAAAUGUACUGCUCAUGUAAUGCCAAGAAAGUAUUCGCAGAACUAUAUUUUCUGUUUGUAUAGCGUUUCUUAAUUUAUUCAGAACUCUUCUAAGGAUAGUCUUGUGACAGCUAAAAAAAUUGUGAUGGGAUGGACAAAGUUUACUUAAAGCUCUUCCACAGAAUACUGUUUCCUGAAAAUGUGGAUAUUAGAAUUGGUAUUAUUGGCACUAAUUGCUGGUACACUGCUUAUGUAAUACAUUGAAUAAACAAAGAACAAUCUGAAAUUUUUGAGCAGUUUUACACAUGUGAUGUAAUGAAUUUUAGUCGCAGUAUUUGGUACUGUGAACUAGAGAACAUUUUCAUGUGAAAAUUCUUGCAUGAGUUGUGGUUGCGAAGAAUGUACAUGUGUUGGAUAAUGAACUGAAGGUACCAUAAAAAAAGCUCCAAUAAGUUUAAUUACAUUAAAAACCUAAAAGUGCCUGGGUUUUGUAUGAGAAAGUGUGGCUUUUCACUAAAUAAAAAGAUUCAUGUUUUAAGACAACAGUACAAAACUUUAAAAUUAUUUUCCAUGUCAUUUACGUGAAACUGGAAUAAUCCCAGUAAAUAAACAGUGCAAGUGUGCUGAUGCCUAGGUAAAUUUAUAUGACAGGGGGGGAGACAUGAGACAGAGGUUUAUUUUGAAAUUGCUGAAACUCAGACAUUUUGGAUAACAGUCAGAAUAAGAAAUCCCAAUAUGUUGGCCAAAUCUAUAGCUCAGUAUCACUAUACUACCCCAUUUUAAAAAAAUAAAUUUUGUGAUGUGGUACUUUAGCACCAGAGUUCUGAAAGCAGUGCAUAUUGUGUGUUUGUUUCUUUCUAUAAAUGUGUUAAAUAUGUGUAUGAAAUCUCCACAAAAUGAAAUUAAUUGUAUAUGUAUGAGUACCGUGUAAAAUAUUCUGUUGGCCAUCAUGGAAUUGGAAGACCAUACUUUUGUUCUUAUAACUUGUUAUUACUCGUGCAAUAAGUCAAAUUUCAUGUCCUUGCACCUU